ACAGCCAAACAUGGCGGCUGCUAGCUAGAGCACCAGUCAACACCUUCGUCUUUUAUGAUCAGUGUCAGCAGUAAGGAAACAAUCCGGGUCCAGUAGGAUUCACGGAAAGAGACUGUAGUCGUCUGACGGCCAUUUUUCAUUUUUACCUCUUUGUUAUUCAAUGUUGUCUGUUUAUUAAAGGCGGUUUGUUAGCCUCAGACGUUCAACGGACGGACACAACAACAGUAGACAGAAGGCGGACUGUUUCUACUGGCUUUCUGCUGAUAUGCAUCACAGAUAAUCUCAGUCCUCACCGUUUGCCAGCCCCCGACUCCUUCCUCAUUCCUGUCCCCUGCUGAUGAUGUCAUCAUCAUCAGCCAAACCCGGUGCCUCCAGCAAGGCACUGGACUCUCUGUCUGUAUCUUCCCUCUUGUCUGGGGAUUUAGACGACGAAGGGGAUGGAGGACGAGGAGAGGAAGGGCUGGGAGACCUUGAAGUAAACCCGUAUGAUGGUUUACCUUUUUCUUCACGAUACUAUGCCCUGCUGGAGGAGAGGCAGACGUUCUCCAUAUGGAGGCUCAGGCAGAGUCUCCUGGAGAACCUGGAGAACCACAAUAUAGUGCUACUCAGUGCACCCAGUGGAUCUGGAAAAAGCACCCAGGUGCCACAGUGGUGUGUGGAGUAUGCUUUGUCCUAUGAGUUUUCCCAGGGCCUGGUGUGUUGUUCUCAGCCCUAUUCAGUGGCGGCGGUGAGUCUGGCCCUGCGAGUGGCUGAUGAGAUGGACCUCAGCCUGGGUCUGGAGGUGGGCUACAGGGUGUCUCAUGAUGACAGCUGUACACCAGACACGCUGCUCAGGUUUGUCAGUGACACUCUGCUGCUGGAAGAAAUGAUGUCUGACCCACUGCUCCGUCAGUACGGGGUUGUGGUCUUGGAUGAGCUUCAGGAGCGUACUGUACCCACAGAUGUUCUACUGGGACUGCUGUGCGAUGUCUGCCGCCAAAGGCCAGACAACUUCAGGGUGGUUCUCCUCACUCACCCGACUUUAGCGCCUUGUCUUGCCUCCUUCCUCGGACCCUCAGUCCCUCACCUUUCUCUGGACAGCUCACUUACAGACUGUUCCACCAGAAACCAAGAGGAGGGGGCCGAAUUGGAGAGAGACAGGAAGGCUGCAGAGUUGACCACAGUGGAAACGCUGUAUCGGGAACUUUCACCUGGGAGGGAACCAGUGACUGCAGCCUGUCACAUGGUGCUGGAUCUGCACCGAAGGGGAGAGGAAGGAGAUGUGAUGGUGUUUUUGGCUAGUGCACAGCGGAUAGAGGAGUGUGCAGUCCUGCUGGAGAAGGAGUGUGUAGCUCUGAGUCCUCAGCUGGGUCCUCUGAGGAUCAUCCCCCUCCAUGGUGGUCUGGGUGGGCAGACACAGCGGGUCUAUGAGUCUGAUCCAGAAGCCUCUGCACUGAAGGAGAACAGUUCUGAGAGUGUGGACGGUCCAGGUGUGAGGAGGAAAGUUAUUCUCGCUGAUACUUUGGCUGAGGCUUCUUUUUCGCUACCAGAUAUUCGAUACGUCAUCGACACAGGCCUUCAACUCAAAACCGUUUACAAUCCACAAAUCAGAGCAAACUCACAGGUCUUGAGAACAAUCAGCAAACAACAGGCAGACAUGCGGACUCAAAGGGUAAACAGCCACCUGCCAGGACUCUGUCUCCGUCUUUACCCCAAAUCUCUGUAUGAAGAAGAGAUGGGGGACGCUCACUGUCCAGGGGUGAUGGAGGAAAACCUCAGCCACUUGGUGCUGUUGCUCAAGAGGCUCGACAUUGCUGACAUGGGCCAGUGCAAGUUUCUGGACAGACCAGCCCCAGAGGCUCUAAUGCAGGCCCUGGAGGACCUGGACUACCUGGCAGCCCUGGACGAUGACGGUAACCUGUCUGAGGUUGGCAUCAUAAUGUCGGAGCUCCCUCUGGAGCCGUCCUUGGCUAAAGCCCUCAUUGCUGCCUGCGAGUAUGACUGUGUUGAUGAGCUACUCACCAUUGCUGCCAUGCUCACAGCUCCCUCGUGCUUCAUCACAGUAGAUCCCAGCAGAGAAGAGGCUGCAGUCAAUCAGUGGCGACCUCUAAUGCACAUAGAGGGAGACCACAUGACUCUUAUUAAUAUUUAUAAGGCCUUCAUCGAGCAUAAUCAGGAUGAAGCCUGGUGUACGACAAACUUCCUAAGCCACUCUGCCUUACGAUUGGCUGUGGUGAUCAGGGCGGAGCUGCUGGAGGUCAUGCAGCGAAUAGAGCUUCCUGUCUCUCCACCUGCAUUUGGAUGCCAAGACAACUGCACAAAUAUUAAACGUGCCCUCAUCUCAGGCUUCUUUCUCAAAGUGGCUCAUGAUGUGGACGGUGCAGGUAACUACCUCCUGCUGACUCAUCGCCAUGUGGCUCACCUACAUCCCUUCUCAUCCUACCGAUGUCGCCAGCCGUGCCCCAGUCCCCCCAACUGGGUCCUUUAUCAUGAAUUCACCAUCUCCCGUGACAACUGCAUCCGUAUUGCCUCUGAAGUCCACCCUCAGAUGCUGGUGGAACUGGCCCCUCAGUACUACCUGGGAAACCUGCCAUCCAGCGAUGGAAAGGAGCUGUUGAUGGAGCUGAGGCAGAGCCUGGAGCCUCAGUCGUAUGAGCAAGACACAGUGUCAGACAAGUACAGAGACGCUGACGGAACAGGAGAGACGCACAAUCAGUCCAGCACCGAGCUCUGCAUCAUCCAAUGAAAUGCGAGGGAAGAAGAGACGGAGCAUCUCAGGAGAAGACACUAAACACAGCUGUCACUUUAUUGUUUGAUUUGACAUUUGGUACAAAUUCAGUCUGUGAAAUCUCAUUUGAGGUUCAAUCAUUUCUAUGUGUCAUCUCAAAUGGAAAACACUAGUGUACAGUAAUGUAUUGUUAAUAUCUAGGCCUGUAAAAUAUUCAGACUUCUUUUUUUCAUGUGUUGUGCUGUUGAUUUCAUUUUAAAUUAAUUUGAAUAUCUUUUUUAAAAAAUUUGUUAUUUUAAUAAGGGACUGCAGUUUAAAUAAUUAUGUAAAAGAAAAGUUUAAUAACCUGUUAUCACAAAGUGUCUUUUUGUCAUAACAUGAAAAGCAAUACACACUAUUUGAGUGAGCUGAGACACUGUUAUUGGAUGACCUUUGACCUCUAUGCAGAUAAACCCUCACAGACGUGGACUGGUAGACAGACAGCUCCUCAGGGCUCACUGUGAUCUGUGACGACAAACUGUACCAACGUGCACAGAGCUUCUAUUUUCAACUUUUUGAUACUGUUUGUACACUUUAGGUUUCCUGUUUUAGAUUUUCAUUCUGCCUUUUUCUCCAACUUACUCUCCAUAAUGAAAGUGUUUGUGCAAUGUGGAUUCCUACUGCCCUAUUUAAUAGGACUCUUUAUUGAUACAGGAUGAGCCUCAAAUAAAUGUGUUCACCUGUUUGAACUGU